AUGGUUUGUAGGUGUACGAUUUGCGCCGAAUGGCUACACUCGAUUCAGCAAGCAGAACAACACGUUUCCAUCGAACAUGGUAUAGAAGAAGGUUCGCAAAAGAAAUUCUACUACGUUAUCAAUUCUGGUGAACUAUUACCAGACGAUAGUCGCCUACACAAAGGACAGUUGCCUAUAUACCUUGUUGAACAAUACUUGUUGCUUCAUCAGUUGACCCAAAAACUAGAAACUCAAACAGAAAAGACCAAAACCCAGAGCUAA